AUGCAAGAUACUCAACAAGAUGGUUCGCAAUUGAUUUCCGGUUUAAAGUCGGAGAAGACGUUUUUGGAAACAGCGACUUAUCCCAUUCAGUUUUUGCUCAAGUUUUACGAAACGACAAUGAUGGAAGUGAAAGAAAUAACCGUACAGCCAUCAAAAGGUAUUGCAACUUGGACGCGAGCUGAUGUCGGCAAAAGAGUUGUCGUCAGAGAACCUUUGACAUCGGAAUUCGGUUUCCACGAGUUACCGGUGAGCGAGUCUGGAUUGUGCUUUAGUGGUGCUUGGGGGGUUCUAUAGUAACAUUUAAUAUGAGAGAGUGAAAACUCCAGUUUCAUGUAAUAAUAGGAGUUAGCUGGACAGAUAAAGAGUUCGUCGCAGCUACGAGUUUGCAGCGGACCGAAAGUAAAGUUACGAAAUAUCAACAUAUAUGUUCAUUGUAGCGCGUUGCAAUUGAGGUAAAAAAUUAAAACGCAGUUAAGCUUAUGUGGAAUGUGAUUAAUUUUUUCCAAAAAAAUAUUUUUUUGUUGUACGUCAUAAAACUGGUUAUGGCGAAUAAUAGUAAAUAGAAAAAGAAACAGAUAAAGUUUUGUGAAAGUAUUUACUUAACAAAUAAAUGGUGCUUCAAUUUUUUUAACAUAGAAUUUAGUAUAAUUCAGGUUCCACUACAAAAACUUUGCAUUAGCAGGUUUGUACAUCUAAUUUAAUGUAUUGGAGCAUUUCAAAUUUUACUUUUGUUUUCUUAUUAAAUACAAAGAUACCACAAAAGUGAUUUAUAUAAUUCAUUUAUAUUUCUAGCAGUUAAUUAUUUUUAACUGGCCCAAAAACUCUUCUUGCAGAUAAACUUGCAACUUAAAAUAUUCUCUUACUUGGAAGCAAAAUCAGUUUGCACAGCAGCAAUGACAUGCCACUAUUGGAGCAUGCUCAGUGAGGAUAAGGUAUUAUGGAUGAACCUGAUGCAGCGCAACAUGCACAAAUGGAGCAGUAUGGGAUACCAGUCAUGUCCGUCCACAUACUUGGAGGCCAGGUCUGAUUUGACAUUAAAGCAAAUGUAAGUUAAUGAAGGCAGAAAAAUAAUUUAAAUAAACUGCUUGAGUGGUUGUUGGAAGUGGAAGUAGGGCAGGUUGGGUGGGAGGGUCCCCUAGCUUUUUUUCUUGAUGAUUAUAAUCAAGAUGAUCACCAAGUUCCAGAUCGAGGCUGAAAUCUUGACUUUUGAUUAAGAGCAAAAACUGGGCAGGGAACAAAUUGCUUGCCCAUUGGGGCAGGGAUGGGAGGGUGAUGUAGAUGGGGUUGGGGGAGGAUGGAAAAAACUUCAAAAUGUAGAAAUCUAUAAAACAAAAUAAUAUUCAUUGUUUAUGAUGAUGAUUUGUGAAGUAGUAACUGCUGAUUUUCAUUUACAGGAAAAACUAUGGUCAAGUCCAACUAGCUAUUUUACCUGGUGGGGCCUAUCAAUUAUGGGUUAUAUUGUUUAAUUCUAUAGGCUGUGCUAGUUUUCUAGCCUGCAUGGCGGGCAUUUAAAGGGGCUGAGGAAGGAGGAAUUUGGGUGUGCAAGAGCGCAAGAAGUGUAUGAGAAGGGGGAAAAUUAGGAGCACCUUCAAUGACACUAUUGUUUUAUCCAAACUGCCCCCUUAUUGUUAUGUAAAGAAUAAAAUGACUGUACUGUGAAAUGUCUGGCUUCCCUCCCCUUUCUCCUUUUAAUGUCUGCCAUGCAGGCUAGCGCUAGUCCUCUAGCCAAUCCUAAUGUAAUCUUACUCUUAUUGUUAUCUCCAGAUACCUAAGAUGCUGUCCAGAAUGCAGAUCCUUGAGAAGAUCCAGACAGUCUAGUUUCAAGUCAGUUGUGUUCUACAACUUACAGAACUUGUCAUCCUUCUUCAGACGGAAAUCACCACGUGUUGUUAUGUUUGGUCCUGGUUUGGAAUGUGACGCAAGAGGUCUUGUGCGUAAACUCCUCCAUGAUCAUACAUCACCCUUUGAAAUAAUGGGCAUGUUCCCUGGGCAGUUUGACGGUAAGUUAGAUUUCCACUUCCUAAUAAUUACUUUUAUUUGGUUUGUUUUUGUCUUUGGUUCUGAUUUUCUGCUACUCUUAGGAUUUCUCCUAGUUUAAGGAAAGGUCAACAUGUAAAACUGCAUGUUUACCUGAUAAGUUGACCAAGUGUAUUUGGUUUUCUGUUUUAGGUACAGGUUCGGGGCUUUGCUUGAAGUUUGAAAACAUGGAAUUUAACCUCAUCACAUUGUAUGCAUCAAACAUGUAAGUGAAUAGAAAAUCAAUACUUUACUAAUAAUAAUUAGUAUAAAUAUAUGAUUUAGGGAAAUUGAAGUUGGCUACUGUGCUGGUAGAUAAGGAAUAAUCUGCUGAUUCUUUGGUAAAAGAGCAAAAUAGUCUGCCUAUUUAACCAACAAAGCUACCUCCUUCAUAAUUUUCUGACUUCUUUGUAUGAUGAUGUUAAAUUAUGAGAAUUUGUAUGUUGCUGUUGGGUUGAUGGCUUAGGCGAGAUUUUUAAUCACCAAUACUACCCCAGUAAAAAUAUUUGGUGAUCACAGGGUGAUGACAAAUCACGCCCAUGAUCACUAACAUUAUCUCUCCUGUUCUUGUGAUCACACUUUUAGGACGGCGUGAUCAAGCCGUUAUUGGGGUGAUACGACCCGUGAUCACCCCCCUGGCCACUUCCAUGCUUUACAGAUGGUGUUGUAGACAAGUACAAAACUUUUCAAAAUAAUUUGCUCCCUUGUAAAUAAUCAUUGCAGGAAAGAGAGAGAAGCAAAUGCACGCCUGGGAAGGCCAAGGUUCAGUAAACUAUUGGUUGAUGUUGAAGAUGCAGAGGAUGCUGAUGACGAGUCUCAGCAGAGUGACACAAGAUUAAGACACACAGUCAGAGAACUUUGUAAAACCGUUGAUGCUUUUUAAACAUAUCUGACAAAAAGGUUGUCCAAGCCCAAAUCCUGAUAAAUUUUUUAGAUUGAGGUUUCUCAUUUAUAAUUUAUACCCAGUCUUUCACAGAGUGAGAUCUGGGUACAAGAUACUGUAAGAUUGAGCGGGAAAUAUAAGUUACUGUAGUUAACCCUUUAAGCCCCAACAUCCACAUACAAAUUCUCCAAACUGAUCUCUAUACAUUUCCUUAAAGAAUGAGUUGACAGAAUUUGAUAAAAGAUCAAAGCAUUUUCUCUUAGGUGAUCAUUUUAUUAAUUCUCAUAACCUAAUCUCUUGACAAUGUAUGGAUAUUGUAAGGAGAAAAUUAAUGUUGGUCACUAUUGGGACUUAAUGGGUUAAGAUCUACACUGGUGACCUGUGAAAUGCCACCUAUUCCUCUCCUUUCAAAGAAAAGGGUUGUUUGCCCCUCAGCCACGUUACCCCUUGUUUUAUAGGGUGCAAACAUUCCUCUCAACUUUUUAAUGCUGAUUGACAGGUUUGUAAAGAAAGUUUACGAGUUAGAUCCAAGUACGACAGGUAUACCAUGGCAACCAAGAGGGUAUACCAGUAAAAGGAAGAAUAUGGAAAGCUAUUCAGCAGAAACAAUACCAAAAAAGAUUUGUUCUCCACUUAUAGACGAGGAGGUGGGUGAAAGUAAAUUUUUACCACCUGGCUUAGUUGUUCCAAGACAAUAAGCACAAAUCCAGGGCUAGAUACCAUGACAAAUCAUUACGCUCUGUUUGCCAAGCCUCGAUAACCAUUACUGUCCCGCCACCCGGUUUGUUUAGUUGGAAGAGCCCCUAUCUAUGGAGCUGAAGGAUGUGGGUUCAAACCCUGCCUGGACCAGCCAGGGUCUCGAAAAAACUGGUAUGAUCAUGCUGGCAGUGAUUCAAGAUCUUGUCUCAGUUCAGAUGAUCGUCUGUUAUUGGGUGGUGACGUUAAGUCUCUUGAUCUUGUCUUCUUCAUCUUUUCUCAUCAAUAUUGUAUUGGAAUGAAUAGCUCCAAAAAGAAAGCCUGCAUAAGUUGCGUAUAUAACUGCGAUGAUCUUCCUUCAAAUAAUUCUUCACUCCACAGUUCACAUGUGAUUUUCACAUAUUCAUAAUUUCAUGGGUUUAUAAUGAACCAAUUCAAAGACCUGCUCCCAGUUGGCUUGUUAGCUUAAUUGGUAGAGCGCUGCACUGGUAUCGCAGAGGUCAAGGGUUUGAAUCCCAUACAAGCCUGAGUUUUUUUCAGGCUUUCUUUUCGCAACUGCAUUUAAGUUGCAUAUACAACUGCAGUGAUCUUCCUUCAAAUAAUUAUAUUGGAAGGUGACAUAAAAAAAACCCCACACUACUGUUCAAAAAGAGUAGAGGAUGUAGUCCCCUGUACUUUGGUCUGUUUCUCAUCGCAGUAGGGAGUGUUUAAUAUGGCCCAGUAGUAAUUGGUGGCAUGCGCUGUUAUGGUGACCCUGCCAAAAAUUGGUGAACCUAGGAAAAUAAAUAAAUAGAAAUAAGUAAAUAUAUUUUGGAAAUUUUUUUUAGCACCAUGGAAGAACAUCUGCUCCAGCUAGUAGCAGUAAAUCCAGUGUGGAUGCAACUGAUGACACAAAUUCACUUCAGGCGUCCAAUACAGACAAGGUAUUAUUCUAAUAUUUCUACCCUCUAGCAGGAAAGGACUUAAAAUUUGUUUCUACCUACAGAUUUUAUUUAUAGAACCUCAACUAUCAGUCGGUGCAGUUGGUGGACUACCAUACUCAAAAGAAUAAAAAACCUACUCAUAGUAGUGAGAACUGUAUUGGUCUUAGACUUUGUUUAUUUAAACUUAAAUUAAAUUUCUACUAACUUUGUUAACAUAUUCCUUGAAAUUGUUAUUUUAUUAUUUUUUUCCUCUCUCUGUCUCUUAGCAAUUUAAUUAAUUUAUUUUCUUAUUUUAUUUAUAAUAGACUUUCAGUUUAUUAAGACUAUAUGUUUUGCUCUAGCCUCCCUCCCCCCUCCUCCCUAGAUUACCCCUGCUAUUUGCAGGUAGAGCAGUGUAAAUUUUCCUUUAAAAUACUGAAAUAAACUUGAAACUUAGAGACUGAUGAUAUACACACAGUAUACAUAUUAUACAGUUACGUUUUAAUACUUAGAGGAGUUUUAUGACAGAGUUUAUUUUCACGUUUAUUUAUUGUCUUUAAUAAAAUUUGUGAUGUUGGUACAGGACCCUGAUCUUAAAAGUGGCUCAGAUAAUGUGGAAUUAAUCAUAUCAAAAGGAGCUGAUGCAAAGUCUGGAUGUUCAUUGAAUGAUAUGAAAUUAGUCCAAUUAAAAAGGUAGAGUAUUAACUUUAAAUAGCCAUGUAUCAUAACUCAUAAAAUUUCUGACAAGUCAUUUAAAAAAGUCCCGGGGAGAAUGAUAUAUUUGUCCUUGUUGGUUAACUACUGGAUGAGGAAACAUUUAUAGAAAAUUUAAUAUGGCUAUAAAAUGUAAUAUAGGCAAGGUUUAACCAUGAGACAAUGCUGGCCAGCGGUCACCAUCAUUAAUUGUUUGUGGGGUGGUCUUGGGCUUUAGCAGGGCUCUACACUAAUUUUAUUGAGGUUUUGCUUAUGUUACUUUUGUGGGCAGUAGCUUGAGCCAUUUUUGCUCCAAGCCUCUUCCUUUCCUCUGGAUGUUUUUUGGUAAGUAUCUGUGCAUAUCUUUACUGAGGUUCUCAGUGUGAUGGUGCCUGGAUGGUGCCACUCACAGGGUUGUCAUGGUUACCUUCUAGGCGCGCUCACGGCUCCCUUCAGUUUCACCAGGCAUCUUCUCCACGCCCAUCUAUUGUGCAUGGGUUUAAUGCCCAUCUCACUGGGAUUGUCCAUCAACGUGUUGUAUUAACAUUUUGUGAUUUUCUUUAACAGUCUUGUAGGACUUGAAUAUGAUUCUUCCAGUGACUCAGACAUUUCUUAGUUUUACAAGUAAACACAAAAUCAAGAUAAGAAGGAUGCAGCAAAAUUUGUAAAAACAAAAAGUAAGUAAUAAUAUUGUUGUAUUCCUACACAUCCUUCUUAUAAUUAAAGCUUGACAUGCAUGCACUCCUUGCCCCCCCCUCCCCCCAAAAAAUGCUUGACCUAAUGUGUUAUAAGAAGGCCAUCUAUGUAGGCAGUUAAGGACUUGUUUUUGACGUUAUUCCUUGUUUUAUUUACUGUACCUCUCUUUGGGUUGUCAAUCUCCUCCCUCCUCCUCAUUCCCUUAAUUGAGUGAGAGGUGGAUGAAAUGAGAUUAGCUGACAAAUCUUUUACUUUUUUUUCUGAAACCUCCUCACUCACAUCAUCUGUUAUGUUUUCCAUAUCUGUCUUCACAAGUUCAGCUAAAAAUUAGCCUGCUUUAGGCAUUCAGAUUUUGGAGACAAUGCAAAAAGAUGUGAGCAGGAAAUAUUUGUUUCAGUUAAUGCUUGAUCCCUCUAGCCUUGUUCUUUACAUACUGCUGAGGGUAAAUUAAAUCAUUAAUAUUUGUGUCUUUUUCUGAUUAUUGAUUGACAUUUUCUUGUUUCAUCCUCUUCUAGGUUUUCAAAAAUUGGAAAAAGUUAUAAAAAUGAGAUAAUUCUUUGGGUGGAUGCAUUUGCAACAUACACAUAUAGCUGUCGUAUUUUCCUGCUGGAAUUUUUUAUUGUUUUAAGCCUAAAAGCAAUAAAAAAUUCUAGUGGAUGAAUGUGACAACCGUACAAGUAUGUUGCAAAUGAAUCUACCCUUCCUAUAAGCAAACAUUAAUUCAUAAUUUAUCUUAUAUAUGAAAAUUCUCCAGUCUCGACUGACUAAAGUUAUAAGCUGUAUUGUAAAUACUUUAUAAAUAUUCAGUCAAUAAACCAGUGUUUUUCAAAGUGUGUAACAUUUGAGUAUUAUAGAAAAUCGGAAGGCCAAAUUUGUAAAGCAGGUUGGGUUUGGUUGGGUAAUUUUAUUUCUGUACUAAGACGUGCAGCGACAGAUUACUCUUUGUUAGCAGCUCAGAUAUUAUUUGUUUUGUUUUCGUUUUUCUUUUUCGGUCAGAUUCAUGUCAGCUGUUUGUAUCCUUUAGAACAACACUCCGCCGCACAAAACGUCGUAGCUUCGCUUACAAAGUCGCUGGUUGUCACGCAAUUUUUCACCCAAAACAUAGUUUUAUAACCCCUAACACGCGCGUGUCAGGCUUGCUUUUUAUCUCGCAAGAAGAAAAAUGUUCAAGGCUUGUUUGCAGGCAUCGGCAGAGCGAUCAUAUGGGAAUUGUAAAUCAAAUCAAUUGUGCUAAGUUUGAUCCAUGUUUACGUCUUUUAUAACGUAGUUCUAAAAAUAGGAUUUACGUGGUGGAGGUGUGACAACCGGAAGUUGACAAGAAUUGCCACGUCGAUAAAAUUUGCGUUGAAAAGCAGCUGCUAAAUCGCUUCGAAAUCAAAAUAUAUUUAAUAUACCGGCAAAGACGUCUUCAUUCGCUCAACAAUUUUUAGGAAAACUGCUGGAAAGCACAGAUCGGAUGAACUACGAACAAAAACAUGCAAGAUACUCAACAAGAUUGUUCGCAAUUGAUUUCCGGUUUAAAUUCGGAGGAGACGUUUUUGGAAACAGCGACUUAUCCCAUUCGGUUUUUGCUCAAGUUCUACGAAACGACAAUGAUGGAGGUGAAAGAAAUAACUGUACAGCCAUCAAAAGGAAUUGCAACUUGGACUCGAGCUGAUAUCGGCAAAAGAGUUAUCGUCAGAGAACCUUUGACAUCGGAAUUCGGUUUCCACGAGUUACCGGUGAGCGAGUCUGGAUUGUGCUUUAGUAGUGCUUGGGGGUUCUAUAGUAACAUUUAAUAUGAGAGAGUGAAAACUCCAGUUUCAUGAAAUAAUAGGAGUUAGCUGGUUAGAUAGUGAGUUCUUCGCAGCUACGGGUUUGCAGCGGACCGAAAGUUACGAAAUAUGAACAUAUAUGUUCAUUGUAGCGCGUUAGCUUAUGUGUAAUGCGAUUAAUUAUUUUUCCAAAAAAAUAUCUUUUUUGUUGUACGUCAUGCAAUUGGUUAUGGCGAAUAAUAGUUAAUAGAAAAAGAAACAGAUAAAGUUUUUUAAAAGUAUUUACUUAACAAAUAAAUGGUGCUUCAAUUUUUUUAACGUAGAAUUUAGUAUAAUUUGGGUUCCACUACAAAAACUAUGAAUUAGCAGGUUUGUACAUCUAAUUUAAUGUACUCUAGCAUUUCAAAUUUUGCUUUUGUUUUCUUAUUUUCAAAAUACAAAGAUACCACAAAAGUGAUUUAUAUAAUUCAUUUAUAUUUCUAACAGUUUUUAACUGGCUGAAAAACUCUUCUUGCAGAUAAACUUGCAACUUAAAAUAUUCUCUUACUUGGAUGCAAAAUCAAUUUGCACAGCAGCAAUGACAUGCCACUAUUGGAGCAUGCUCAGUGAGGAUAAGGUAUUAUGGAUGAACCUGAUGCAGCACAACAUGCACAAAUGGAGCAGUAUGGGAUACCAGUCAUGUCCAUCCACAUACUUGGAGGCCAGGUCUGAUUUGACAUUAAAGCAAAUGUAAGUUAAUGAAUGCAGAAUAAUAAUUUAAAUAAACUGCUUGAGUGGUUGUUGGAAGUGGAAGUAGGGCAGGUUGGGUGGGAGGGUCCCCUAGCUUUUUUUCUUGAUGAUUAUAAUCAAGAUGAUCACCAAGUUCCAGAUCGAGGCUAAAAUCUUGACUUUUAAUUAAAGCAAAAACUGGGCAGGGAACAAAUUGCUUUCCCAUUGGGGCAGGGAUGGGAGGGUGAUGUAGAUGGGGUUGGGGUAGGAUGGGAAAACUUCAAAUGUAGAAAUCUAUAAAACAAAAUAAUAUUCAUUGUUUCUGAUAAUGGUUUGUUAAGAAGUAACAUUUUUAUUUACAAGGAAAAAACUAUGGUCAAGUCCAACUAGCUAUUUUACCUGGCGGGGCUUAUCAAUUAUGGGUUAUAUUGUUUAAUUCUAUAGGCUGUGCUAGUUUUCUAGCCUGCAUGGCAGGCAUUUAAGGGGACUGGGGAAGGAGGAAUUUGGGUGUGCAAGAGCGGAAGAAGUGUAUGAGAAGGGGGAAAAUUAGGAGCACCUUCAAUGACACUAUUGUUUUAUCCAAACUGCCCCCUUAUUGUUAUGUAAAAAAUAAAAUGACUGUACUGUGAAAUGUCUGGCUCCCCUCCCCUUUCUCCUUUUAAUGUCUGCCAUGCAGGCUAGCACUAGUCCUCUAGCCAGUCCUAAUGUAAUCUUACUCUUAUUGUUAUCUCCAGAUACCUAAGAUGCUGUCCAGAAUGCAGAUCCUUGAGAAGAUCCAGACAGUCUAGUUUCAAGUCAGUUGUGUUCUACAACUUACAGAACUUGUCAUCUCACCACGUGUUGUUAUGUUUGGUCCUGGUUUGGAAUGUGACGCAAGAGGUCUUGUGCGUAAACUCCUCCAUGAUCAUACAUCACCCUUUGAAAUAAUGGGCAUGUUCCCUGGGCAGUUUGACGGUAAGUUAAAUUUCCACUUCCUAAUAAUUACUUUUAUUAAUUUUGGUUUGUUUUUGUCUUUGGUUAUGAUUUUCUGCUUCUCUUAGGAUUUCUCCUAGUUUAAGGAAAGGUCAAAAUGUAAAACUGCAUGUUUUCCUAAUAAGUUGAUCAAGUGUAUUUGGUUUUCUGUUUUAGGUACAGGUUCGGGGCUUUGCUUGAAGUUUGAAAACAUGGAAUUCAACCUCAUCACAUUAUAUGCAUCAAACAUGUAAGUGAAUAGAAAAUCAAUACUUUACUAAUAAUAAUUAGUAUAAAUAUAUGAUUUAGGGAAAUUGAAGUUGGCUACUGUGCUGGUAGAGGAAUAAUCUGCUGAUUCUUUGGUAAAAGAGCAAAAUAGUCUGCCUAUUUAACCAACAAAGCUACCUCCUUCACAAUUUUCUGACUUCUUUGUAUGAUAAUUUUAAAUUAUGAGAAUUUGCAUGUUGCUGUUGGGUUGAUGGCUUAGGUGAGAUUUUUAAUCACCGGUACUCCUUCAGUAAAAAUAUUUGAUGAUCACAGAGUGAUCACAAAUAACGCUCAUGAUCACUGACAUUAUCUCUCCUUUUCUCGUGAUAACACACUUGUGCAAUGGCGUAAUCAAGCCGCUGUAGGAGUGAUAUACGACCUGUGAUCACCCUCCUGGCCAUUUCCAUGCUUUACAGAUGGUGUUGUAGACAAGCUAAGUACAAAACUUUUGGAAAUAAUUUGUUCCCUUGUAAAUAAUCAUUUCAGGAAGGAGAGGGAAGCAAAUGCACGACUGGGAAGGCCAAGGUUCAGUAAACUAUUGGUUGAUGUUGAAGAUGCAGAGGAUGCUGAUGACGAGUCUCAGCAGAGUGACACAAGAUUAAGACACACAGUCAGAGAACUUUGUAAAACCGUUGAUGCUUUUAUAUAUGUAGUGGAUGCUUCAACAGACUCUCAAAGAGGUAGCAAUAUUAUUACUGCUAUUUCUAGCUGGAUUUGUAAAAACAUUAUACUUCCAAAUAAACCUCUUCCAUCAAGCUGCUUUCUUUGUUCAAAAACCAUCACCAACGUAGCCAAUAUAAAAAGUAUUAAGAGUGUAACCAUCCCUUUUCUUUUCUUCUCUUCCUAUCUUUCUCCUNCUGGGAAGGCCAAGGUUCAGUAAACUAUUGGUUGAUGUUGAAGAUGCAGAGGAUGCUGAUGACGAGUCUCAGCAGAGUGACACAAGAUUAAGACACACAGUCAGAGAACUUUGUAAAACCGUUGAUGCUUUUAUAUAUGUAGUGGAUGCUUCAACAGACUCUCAAAGAGGUAGCAAUAUUAUUACUGCUAUUUCUAGCUGGAUUUGUAAAAACAUUAUACUUCCAAAUAAACCUCUUCCAUCAAGCUGCUUUCUUUGUUCAAAAACCAUCACCAACGUAGCCAAUAUAAAAAGUAUUAAGAGUGUAACCAUCCCUUUUCUUUUCUUCUCUUCCUAUCUUUCUCCUUUCCUUUUCCUUUGUUUGUGUGAUUUUCAGUCUUAUCAGACGUAAAAAACUGGCCUCUUGGCAGCCCCUUUUUCAUUCAAUUGGCUGCAAAUUUCGCUAGGUUUGUUUCAGAAAAAUCUAGCUAGAUUUGUGUUAUCAUUGCCAUCAUAAUAAUUUUGUUCAUUCUUAGUGAAGUCAUUUGAAUUGGCAACCAAAUUAUUGAUCUUGACUGAUUUCCUGUUCCAGAAAAAUGUCCAAAAAUACUGAUUUAGAAUGAAAAUUUAUUAAAUCUGUUUCAAAUAAAUUUAGAAAGUUCUGGUCAUGUAAUCAUGUCAUAAGUGCCCUUUUUAUUGUGAUUUAUGCAAUUCUCAAAGGAAACUCAUCAUGCAAUAAAUACUGUAUAUUUUGUCUUUUUAAACAGUGAACUUGGGUGACAGAGAACUUUCAGCCAUGUUAAAUGAGAACUGGACACAGUCAGAUGCUCCACUCCUUGUCCUCUCAACUGUAUCAACAACGUCAACACCUUCUUUAUCUUGUGCUACAGUUGUGGAACUUCUACAGCUUAGAAGAUUUAACAGGCCGUGGCAGGUUAGCUUAAUCCCUAUUUUGCUCAAUGACGUACAAGUUCAGUGUUCUCCUUAUCAGGCCGUAACUGGUAAAUUUACUGGCCUAAAGAAACACUUCUUACCCCCUGCAACGGCCUGAAGGUUUACUAAAAUUAAAGAAGUACUUUUAAAAAGUACACAAGUUGUGAUCCGAUCCGUUUCUCACAUGCCAUGAGGAAAUGAAUAUAUAUGUCGAAAGUACUAAAGUAUACACAGCUUUUCUUUUUGUGGGCCAUGCAUUUUGGAAAGAGAACAUUGAAGGCAGAGUAAAAUUACUGGAAUCAAUCAUUAUUUAAACUGUUUUGUAAAGGUAACAACAGCCUGUUUGCGUAAAAAAGGUCUUAAAAUAAAGGAAUAACAUUUUAGAGAACUUAGCUCCUAAAUUUCCCAGUGAGGGCGGGGCCAUGUCCCACAAUCCACUACCCCCCUGCCCCCAGGAAAUUGCGCCUGUGACGCACAUUUUUUGCAUUACUGGCUAUGAAUGGUCCCUUACCUGCUGAGCUAAUUCAGGGAGAACACUGCAAGUUACAGUAGAACCCCUCAAAUGCAAACUCCCAAGGGAAAAAAAUACAUCACAACAUGAGUAUAAGGUCUCGACCUUGUAGUCGGACUGCACCGGCACAGUGCCCGAAUUCUAGCAUGGGUACUUGAAAAAAGGGUGUGUUCACACUAGUGCCCAGCUAGUACCGUACUCAGGCACCAUGCCUGGGCACCAAGUGUGAACACUGCCUACGUGUCCACCUAGGCAGCUGUCCAUUAACCCUUUAAGCCCCAAGAUCCACAUGCAAAUUCUCCAAACUGAUCUCCAUACAUUUCUUUUAAGAAUAGUUGAGAGAAUUUGGUUUAAGAUCAAAGCAUUCUCCUUUUGGUAAUUAAAUUAGUAAUUCUCAUAACCUUUACUCUUGAUGAUCUGCUGAUGUUGAUCACUCUUGGAACCUAAAGGGUUGAUUGAGGUUCAACUGUGUUUCAUACUUAGUAGAUAACAUCAAGAAAAAGAAAAACAGCAAAUAAAAAACAAAAAAAGUUCAAAGUGAGAAGGAAUGUUUUUUGUUCUUUUUUUCAGGUUAAUUCAGCAUGUGUUGAAAACUUAGAUGGUAUCCAUCCUGGAAUUAAAUGGCUUCUGACCUCAUGCAGUUGAAGAAAAAAAAAAGCUUGUCUUAUGGGAAGAAGGCAGAAUGAAAAUUUUUUCUUUCUACAAUGAAGUGAUAAUGGACUAUAACAUUGGUGUAAAAUAAGUAUUA